AUGGCUAUUAAAUUGCUACAGGCUAUAAAUCAUACAGAUAAACUCGGUUGGCCGCUCUGUAAUCACGAUAAGCGUGUACUUCUCCUUAGAGCCAAUACACAAAGGCAUCCACAGGAGUUGUUUUAUAGGUGCUCAAUUGGCGAUAGUGACAAUUGCCAGUAUUUCUUUUGGCUCGCUGAUUUCGAGAAAUGCGUUGAUAGCCACUUGGACGAGGUACAGAGCACAACAAACCGCAGACACAUAAUUCAAGCUUGUAUCAUGGCAAAUGAUCAAUACAAUAAGGGCAGCUGGUCAACUAACACCAACGACGACGUUCUCGCCGAGUUUGAUAUCCCGAGUGGGGGAGGUAGUAUUGUAGAUGGUGGUCAACGCACAAACAAAAGAAAACAUCAAAGCGAGUGGGAUAUUCCAGCCACACCCACCAAAUGUCUCAAUAGCCAGUCCACAUCACAGCCACAGCUACAGCCACAGCCACCAAAGAAGGCAAGAAAAACACACCAAUCAAGGCACUUAAGGCACUCUCCUAAUCCAUCAAACUCAUCAGAUUUCUUUGAUGCUAUCAAUACCCCAACAAAACCCACUAAACCCGCUCAACCCACUCGCAGACGCAACAGCAGCGAAGAAAUACUCGUUGACCAUUUCAGCAAACAGGUUAAUGAAAUAGCCUCGUUGCACAAUACCAUUGCUAGUCUACGUGAUGAGUUGGCUGAGGUAAAGGCGUUGCUCAAGAGAGAGCGCAAAGUGAAAGAAGUUGAGCAGACCGAGUUGAGUGGCAUGCUCUACAAGGCUUAUAAGAAGAUCCACCACGAGCCACCUAAAUACUCGAGUGAUCAAGUCAUGACAGGCAGACCUCACAAGCAAAGUAUGAGCGAAUUAAAGCUUAGACGCCUCAACGAACACAACCAGAGACUUAAAGAUGAUUAUGCGCGUCCACGGAUCAAUGUCAGCGAAGCGAGUCAGGGAUUAAUUAGGUUUUGUAAUUCCACCAAGGAUUAUUUGAUCCCCUCUGUCUGGGGCCCUGUCGAUAAGAAAGAAGACCCAUACGCACCACAAGGCGGUGGAUGUUGUGUGGUUGUUUAA